GGACCUCCUCCCGCAUACGGUGGGUUUGUCACGGAAUAAAGCCGCUCUUCGGGGUUGCGCUAGUCCUAUUGAGUAAGGCUGCACGGCGGAGGCUGGAAGGCAGGUCGGGAACGCAGCCAAAACAGCUCUGGGGCAGGAAGAGCUACGACAGCCUCCUUUUCAAAAUGACAGGUAGUGCAGCGGCCGUGCUGCUGCUGGCGCUGUGCUUCAGCAGCGCUGUCUAUUCUAUGCCGAAGAGAUCGGGCAGAAGCAAACGGCAAGCGCAAGAACGGGUCUACCCGGUAGCCGAUACAUCGCAAGACUUAUGCGAUGAAAACGGUCGAUAUUAUAGAGUUAACGACCAGUGGGAGCGGCCCUAUCUGGGCAGUACGUUGCUCUGCGCUUGUCAUGGAGCUGCAGGAAUAAAAUGUAAAACCAAACCUGAAGCUGAAGAGACCUGUUAUGACAAAAUAAAUGGACGGUCCUAUCGCGUCGGAGAGACCUACGAGCGCCCCAAGGAUGGGAUGAUCUGGGACUGCACAUGUAUCGGUUCAAACCGGGGAAAAAUUAGCUGCACGAUUGCAAAUCGUUGCCACGAAGAUGGGAAUUCCUACAAGAUUGGUGAUACAUGGAGAAGGCUUCAUGAAACGGAAAGCUACAUGCUGGAAUGUGUCUGUCUGGGCAACGGCAAGGGAGAAUGGACCUGCAAGCCUGUUGCGGAGCGUUGCUAUGACAACUCGGCGGGCACAUCCUAUGUUGUUGGUGAAACCUGGGAAAAGCCUUAUCAGGGAUGGAUGAUGAUGGAUUGCACUUGCCUGGGAGAGGGCAAUGGCCGCAUCACCUGCACCUCUAGAAACCGCUGUAAUGACCAGGACACGCGGUUGUCCUACCGCAUUGGUGACACUUGGACUAAGACUGACGCCCGUGGCAACGUGCUGCAGUGCCUGUGCAUGGGUAACGGGCGCGGGGAGUGGAAGUGCGAGCGGCACGCCUCCCUGCACACCGGCCUCGGCACCGGGUCCCGCGUGGUGACCAACGUUCAGCCGGCCGUCUACCAGCCAGUGCCCCACCCCGUGCCACCCACCGAAGGCACAUGUGUGACAGAGUCUGGGCUCUCUUACUAUGUGGGCAUGCGCUGGAUCAAGACCCAGGGAAGCAAGCAGAUGGUGUGUACCUGUCUGGGUAACGGUGUCAGCUGUGAUGAGUGGGAGGGCCAGAAUCAGGUAUAUGGUGGAAACUCAAACGGCCAGCCCUGCGUCUUCCCCUUCGUGUUCAUGGGCAAGACCUACUACUCCUGCACCUCCGAUGGACGCACUGAUGGCCAGUUGUGGUGUAGCACCUCCUCUGACUAUGAGUCUGACCACAAAUUCUCCUACUGUACGGAGAAGAAUGCACUGAUGAAAACCAGGGGAGGCAACUCCAAUGGUGCCCUCUGUCAGUUCCCUUACCUGUACAGUGGACGCAACUACACAGAUUGCACCUCUGAUGGACGUCGGGAUGGCAUGAAGUGGUGCGGCACAACCACCAACUACGAUGAGGAGCGCAAGUUCGGCUUCUGCCCCAUGGCCGCUGACGAGGAGGUCUGCACCACCAGUGAGGGCGUGAUGUACCGUGUCGGGAACCAGUGGGACAAGCGGCAUGACGUGCUGGGUCAUAUGAUGCUAUGUACCUGCUUGGGGAACGGACGAGGCGAGUGGAGCUGCAUCGCUUACUCACAGCUCAGAGAUCAGUGCAUCGUGGACGGGCAGACGUACGACGUGAACCAGACGUUUAACAAGCGUCAUGAUGAGGGCUACAUGAUGAACUGCACCUGCUUUGGCCAAGGCCGUGGGCGCUGGAAGUGCGAUGCCGUCGACCAGUGUCAGGAGCCAGACACCAGGGUCUUCUACCAGAUCGGCGAUUCUUGGGAAAAGAUGAUCCACGGCAUCCGCUACAAGUGCUACUGCGAGGGCAACGGGCUGGGAGAGCUGAGCUGCGAGCCUCAGGACUCGGGCAGCCAUCGUCCCGUCCAGGUGAUCAUCACAGAGUCGGGAAGCCAGCCCGACUCGCACCCCAUCCAGUGGAAUGCCCCUCCAUCCACACAUAUCACCCACUACAUCCUCCGAUGGAGACAGAAAAACACCAGGACAGCCUGGAAAGAGGUAAAUAUCCCCGGUCACCUCAACUCUUACACAAUUGCUGGACUCAGGCCAAACGUUGUCUACGAGGGCCAGCUAAUCAGCAUCACCCGCUUUGGCCGCCGUGAGGUCACCUACUUUGACUUCACCACCCAUAGCAUCCGGGGGAACACAGCGGGUGAGAACACCCAGUUCCCGCCGAUGGUGAACAUUUCGGAGUCGGUAACAGAGAUCACAUCCAGCAGCUUCGUCAUUUCCUGGGUGUCCGCCUCGGACACGGUAUCGGGAUUCCGGGUGGAGUACGAGUUGAGCGAGGAGGGGGCACAGACCCAAAUGUUAGAGCUGCCCCACACGGCUACGUCAGUCAGCCUCAGUGACCUGCUCCCUGGCCGCAAGUACACAGUGAACGUGUACGAGGUCCCCACCGUCGGAGAGCCGGUGGUCAUCUUAACCACGUCCCAGACCACAGCCCCAGAUGCUCCGACUAACCAUGUGGUGGAAAAUGUGGAAGACACCUCCGUUGUGAUCCGGUGGACUAAACCACUGGCUCCCAUUACGGGGUACCGUGUGAUCUAUACGCCAUCGACGGAGGGCAGCACCACAGAGCUCAUCCUCCCCAACACAAGCACCUUCGUGACACUGAGUGACUUGCGACCCGGGUCACAGUACAACGUCAGCAUCUAUGCUGUGGAGGAGAACCUGGAGAGCAGCCCAGUCUUUGUACAGGUCAAUACCACUGGAGAACCUAUACUAGAGGAAGUCCAAUCCCCAACCAACAUGCAGUUUUACUCCGUCUCUGCCACAAGGCUCGUGAUCACCUGGACGGCGCCAUCCAGUGAAGUGUCUGGUUAUCGAGUGAACGUCAGACCCCUGGAGUCUGAUGCCACCCCACAGAGGGAUUUCAAUUUGCCCAUAAAUCGGAACACCUUCGCUGAUGUUACCCACCUCCAACCUGGCACCACAUACCGGUUCCACGUCUACGCUGUCAAGGGUGGUGUGGAGAGCAAGCCACUGGUUGGAGACCAGUCUACCUUGCCAGAACCCCCGACGCACGUGCGCUUCACCAACGUAACCGAGGACAGCGCCGUGAUCAUAUGGGUGGUCCCCAAGUCCAGAAUCACAGGUUAUCGCGUGGUGGUCAGUGAAGGCGACUCGCCUGUCAGGCAGCACAACCUCCCAGCCCAUCUGUCCCAGUACACUGUGCUGAACCUGCGGCCCAACACGAUGUACACCGUUACCCUGCGGACUGAAAAGGGCAACCUCUUCAGUGAGGGCACCACUGCCAUGUUUACCACCUCUCAUCCCAUGGGAAAUGUUCCUUACUUCAACACUGAUGUCACAGACACGUCUAUCAUCAUCACUUGGACCCCUGUGCCCAAAGUAGCCUACAAGCUGUCAGUGAGGCCCAGUCAGGGUGGCGAGGCCCUCAGGGAAGUGACCUCUGAGUCUGGCAGCAUCUACAUCUCAGGCUUGACCCCUGGGAUAGAGUAUACCUACAGUGUCCAGCCUGUCAUUAAUGGAAGGGACCGUGGGACUCCCAUCACACACCGUGUCGUCACAAACCCAUCUCCCCCCAGGAAUCUGAAUGUACGUUUCAGCCCCCACCCCAAUGAGCUCAUUGUCUCCUGGAGUAAAUCUGAAACAGAAGACAUCACAGGAUACCGAGUGACCUGCACCCCGACUGAAGGACAGCGUGGGAAUUCUCUGGAGGAAUUAGUGAGGCCAGACCCAACCACCACCACCUUGGAAAACCUAACCCCCGGCGUUCAGUACAACGUCAGCGUCUUCACGAUCAAAGAGGAAAAGGAGAGUGUUCCCGUCUCCACCAUAGUCAACCAAGACGUGCCCCAGCUAACUGACCUCAGCUUUGUCGAUGUCACCGACACGACAAUCAGCCUGACGUGGAGUCCGCUUAACUCCACCGCCGUCACCGGCUACCGCAUCGUAGUAUUGGCGGCUGGGGAGACGAUCCCCCUUUUUGAGGAUAUCGCAAAGCCCACGACGGGCUAUUACACCCUGUACGGACUGGAGCCAGGCAUCGACUAUGACAUCAGCAUCAGCACCAUCACCGAGGGUGGACAGAGCAAGCCCAUCACGCUCAGACAGCAAACCGCUGUUCCUGCACCCACAAACCUCCAUUUCAGGAAUGUGGGCCCUGACUCCGCUGAGGUGUCCUGGACAAUCCCAACCUUCCCUGUACCCAGCGGACGUACCCGCUUUAUUGUCCGCUACUACCCCGCCACCAACUACGACGACAUAACGGAACGCAGUGUGCGUGGGGAUAGCAGCAGGAUCAUCCUGAGCAACCUGCUGCCUAAUACUGAGUACCUGGUGAACGUGGUGGCCAUAUACGAGGAGCGAGAGAGCGCCCCUCUCAGAGGCACCAUGAAAACAGCUGUGGACUCCCCCACCGGCCUGGACUUCUCUGAUGUUUACACCAACUCUUUCACCGUUCACUGGCUGGCACCCCGCGCUGUCCUCACUGGCUACCGCAUCCGCUAUCAAAUGUCUACCGGUGGCCGUGCCAAGGAGGAGAGAUUGCCGCCCACCCGGAACCACUUCACACUGACGGGCCUGGUCCCCGAAACGGAGUACAUCGUCAACAUCUAUGCCAUCAGCCAAAACCGGGAGAGUCUACCUCUCACGGGUCGCCAGACUACCAUUUCCGACUCGCCUACUGACCUGGAAGUGGCAUCAGCCAGCCCCACCAGCAUCACCAUUCGUUGGACUGCCCCCCCCGUCACGGUCAGGUACUACAGGAUCACCCACGGAGAGGCAGGGAGCAACAGCGUCCCUAAGGAGUUCACCGUCCCUGGUACCGACUCCACCGCCACUAUUCAGGACCUGCGGCCUGGAACCGAUUACACCAUCACCGUGUACGCAGUGACGGGAAGGGGGGACAGCCCCGCAUCCAGCAAGCCCAUAUACAUCAGGCACAGGACAAACACGGGCUUUGGUUCUGGGGAGCCGGUAACAGAUCUGCAGGACAACAGCAUUACAGUGCGCUGGACCCCGGCACAGGGCCCAAUCACUGGCUAUCGCGUUAUUGGAACUACCAAAGAAGGCCAGCAAUCUUUUGUUCGUGAGGUUCCCCCUGAUCAAACACAGGUAACUAUCUCAGGCCUGAUGCCCGAAGUUAUGUAUGACGUGCAAGUGUACGCUUUGGGACAAAAUGGAGUGGACACGCCCGUGGUGAAGCCCAAUGUGGAGACCGAUGUGCAGCCCUCUGUGGACAGCCCCAGGGACCUGACCUUCUCCGAUGUGGACUCCACAUCCAUGAAAAUCUCCUGGGAAAGUCCUGACAGUGAGGUCACAUCGUAUAGGGUCCUUUACUCCUGCACCGAAGAAGGUGAGCGCGAACUGUAUCCCGCGCCCCGCGCCGAUGACGAGACAGCGGUGCUGCGUGGACUGCUUCCUGGGACGGAGUACACGGUGACGGUCAUCGCCCUGCACGGCCAGAACCGCAGCCCCGCUCUGGUCAGCCGGCAGGCAACAGCUGUUCCUGCUCCCACCAACCUGGAGUUCUCUCAAGUGGGGCCUACGUUCUUCACCUUAGUGUGGCGGGGCCCCAACAUUCGACUCACUGGCUAUCGUGUGGUUAUUAACCCCAAGAACAAGAGUGGUCCUACCAGGGAGAUCAAUCUGGCUCCUGAUCAGACCCAGGUCAUGGUGCCUGGACUCAUGGUCUCCACAGUGUACGAGGUGCAGGUGUACUCCCUUAGAAACAGCCUGACCAGCCGCCCCGCUCAGAGUGAGGUCACCACUCUGGAGAACAUUAGCCCCCCCCGCCGUGUGCGGGUUUCGGCCGUAAAGGACACCUCCAUCACCCUCACCUGGCGCUCAAAGACAGAGCCCAUCUCCGGAUACCUUGUUGAGGCCACGCCCAGUACUGGCAGCCACCAGCCCAUCCAGAGUACCAUCUCGCCUGAGGAGCGCAGCUACACCAUCACAGGUCUCCAUCCUGGCACCGCUUACAUAAUCCGGCUGUACACCCUGAACGGAAACUCCCGAAGCGAUCCUUACACCAUCCCUGUCACCACAGAGAAAUCCGUGGUGGAAUCCCCUACAAACAUUCAGUUCACUUCUAUAACCCCCGACUCCAUUUCCUUCACCUGGGAGCCGCCUCACACUCGCAUCAGCGGUUACAGCAUUUCCUACCGGGAGUCGGGGGGAAUCUCCCGGGAGCUCACGCCCCGCCCCCAUGCCGGCACGAACUCAGCCAUCGUCACUGGUCUGAGGUCCGGUACGGAGUACAUCAUUAAUAUCAUAGCUCUACAGGACACCAAGCAAAGCACACCGCUGGUGGGCAAAGCCAGAACACAGCCAGAUCCAUCGAUCCCAGUGUCUCAGCUCCCAGUGCCCAACCAUUCAAGACCUGGUAUUUUGGACGUGCCCGAGGUCAACCGUCCAAACGUGGCGGGUAAUGGUGGCCUCAACAGGCCAGACCAAGGAGGUCAGCACAUUUACACGGAGCACCAGAACCUGGGCCAUAGGCAGCACCCCCGCGAGCCCCUCGUGUAUUUCCCCAAUGGGGCACAGAGGCCUGUGGUGUGGGUGAACGAGGUAACCUUCCCAGGCUUCCCAAGUAACAGGACCAGAUUCCAGGAAGCCCAGACCCAGACCACCAUUUCCUGGAGCCCAUUGCAGCACAGCUCCAGUUACGUGGUGUCUUGGUGCCCUGUCACCGACCAUAACGAGCAGAUCCAGGCCCAACUGCCAGGAAGUGCCAGCAGUGCCACCCUCAUCGGCCUGACGUCCGGGGCUUCCUACAACAUCCUUGUGGAGGCUGUGAAGGGCUCCGGUCGGGAGAAAGUGCUGGAUGAAACAGUUACUGUUGGCCAUGCGGUCCCGGGGGCCCUACCUGCUGACAGGGAUAUGUGCUACGACACUUUCACUGGCGCCGCCUACGAGGUGGGAGCCGAGUGGGAGCGCAUGUCCGACACGGGCUUCAAACUCUGGUGCACAUGCCUGGGCCUUGGUAGCGGCCAUUUCCGGUGCGAUUCCUCCAAGUGGUGCCACGACAACGGUAACAACUAUCGCAUUGGCGAGAAGUGGGAUCGCCACGCUGAGAAUGGGCACAUGAUGAGCUGCACCUGCCUGGGCAACGGCAAGGGCGAGUUCAAGUGUGAGCCCCAUGAGUCCACUUGCUAUGAUGAUGGAAAAAUGUACCACGUCGGGAACCAGUGGCAAAAAGAGUACUUGGGAGCCAUUUGCACCUGUACUUGCUAUGGUGGACAGCAGGGCUGGCGCUGUGAGAACUGCCGACGGCCGGGGAGCGAGGUGGGUGUGGACGUUCACCCUGUGCACCCCAACGCGUUUGAGCGCUACAGCCACAACGUCCCGCGCAAAGUGAACAUCCAGUGUCCUAUAGAAUGCCUCAGACCGGAGCUCCUCGCAGACGCACACGUCCCUCACAACCCACGGGAGUGAGAGCCGGCCUCCAGCCCCCCCACCCAUUACAGUGGAAGGCCAACCACCCAAUAACCUCACCCCUUAACUUCCUCCUGUCGGGCUUCCGAUCAGGGUCCCAGCUAGUGUCCGGCUGCUUCUCCACCUCACGCCUCCUAAAGUAGCACUGCGGCGAGCUCUCCUCACCCUGCCUGUCAUCCCCAUUUCUCUGCCCUUUGAAACACUUUAACGGUCAAUGGAAAAGACAUUCCCAACACUGUUGCAGAAGGUGAUCCCCUUUGGAUCAAGACCCGCAUUUAUGGGAGAACUUUAAUUUGUUAGAGAAAUCCAAGAAACAUUGAUUAAACUGUCCCUCCACUCACUAGCUUUAAUGUGUUUGUUAUUAAAAUUGUCCACAAACCGCAGAAGGGCGGAGGACCAAAGCCAGACCCUUGUUGUAUGUGCCUUACAGUGUUAUUUUGAAUGACUGGAUAUUUUAAAUGACCCCUAAAGCUAUCAGUUAGUAGUGGUAAUGGUAUUUCUCAUGCUUAGAAGAAGCACAUGGGCCCUGAAGGAAAUGGUGCUGCAGCCAGCGGGCAAAGAUGCAUUCCAGCGUGCCCACGUCUCUCUCGAGGGGUUGGCACUGCUGCAGUGGCACUGACUGGCGUUUACAAAUGCUGACCUUGACUGACCUGUCAUUUUCCAUUUCUUGCUAAUUUUUGUUGAUGCAAUUUUUGAACAUUAUUUUUAUACUGCAAGUACCAUCUUAAAUACUGUGGAGAAAGAAAGAAAAAAUCCCAUUUUCAAUAAAGUUUCACAAACAUUCACCAGAAAGGGAUUCAUCAUAAAUUAAUACUAAUAAUGAGUACUCUUACAUUAAACUUGUCUUUGACUAC